AUGAAAUAAUCAUAAUAAUCUUUAAAAAGCAUUUCCAAUAUCAGAACCCAAUACUAUUUAUCCUCUUCUUUAGUGGGUUCUCAAAAUGCUCAAAAAAUCAAUAAAGGAAAAUCAACAUAUAUUGAUGAUACGAACAAGAGUAUAUAAUUAAUUCUUAUAUUGAAGCAAAAGAAACUAAUUAUUAAUUAAAUGAAAAGAGUAAAUCUCAAAGUAUAGUUACUUAUAAGAAAAUAAAUAUUAGUAGAGAUAAUCAAAAAUCUGAUGAUUCUCAAAUAUUACCUUAAUUUAAGAAAGACAUACUAAAAUCAAGAUAAUCUCAAUAAGUUAUUCAUAAGACAAAGUAGUAAUAAAGAUCUGACUCUCCUUUAAUUCCUAUUGAUAGUUUACCUUAAAUUUAACCAUCAAAAAUUUCAACCAAAAAUGUUGGUAUAGUUUCUGCCUAUGCUGCAAAUACACAUUAAGGAUUAGUAAGAACUUACAAUGAAGAUAGAGUAUCAAUAAUACUUAACUUAAUGAAACCUGCUUCAAAUACAUUUGCUGGAUAAUGGCCUUAAAGUUCAUUUUUUGCAAUUUAUGAUGGUCAUGGUGGUGCUGCAUGUGCUGACUAUAUGAGAGAUAAUUUACAUUAAUAUGUAAUUUCUUUAUUUAAUGUAGAUUAUAAGAGAAGAUUGUUUUCCAUCAAAUCCAAGAUUAGCUAUAUCGAGAGGUAUAGAAAAAGCUGAAAAAAACUAUCUUUAAUUAGCUGAUCAAAAAGUAUUAGAUAAAUCUGGUUCUUGUGCUGUGAUAGCCUUGAUUGUUGAUAAAGCUAUUUAUAUUGCCAAUAUUGGAGACUCUCGUGCAAUAAUCUCUCAUUAAGGCAAAUGUUCAUCUAUUACUGUUGAUCAUAAACCCUCUUAAGAAAAUGAACAAUAAAGAAUUACUAAACUUGGUGGAUAAAUCUAUUAGGCUUAGAUUUAGGUUUCAAAUGGUGAUAUUUAAUUUGGUCCUUAUAGAGUACUACCUGGUAGACUAGCUGUUUCAAGAACAUUAGGAGAUGCAGAAGCCAAAUUACCAAAAUAUGGUGGAAUUCAAGGAGUAAUAUCAGCUCAACCCGAUAUUUUUCAAAUCUCAGUUACUGAUUAAGAUUUUUUGAUUUUGGCUUGUAAUUUUAAUUGUAGAUCAAAGGUGAUGGAAUAUUUGAUAAAAUGUAUAGUGAAGAAGUCAUUUAAAGUGUUUGGACUGUGAUCUCGCAAGAUGUUCAUCAUUUUGCUGGAAAAGCAGUUGAAACAAUUAUGAGACAAUCCAUGUCUAGAAAAACCGUAGAUAAUGUUACUGUUGUAUUCAUAGCCUUUCCAUAAUUAGAAAAAAAGUUUAAAAAACAAUAACANUUGAAGCAAAAGAAACUAAUUAUUAAUUAAAUGAAAAGAGUAAAUCUCAAAGUAUAGUUACUUAUAAGAAAAUAAAUAUUAGUAGAGAUAAUCAAAAAUCUGAUGAUUCUCAAAUAUUACCUUAAUUUAAGAAAGACAUACUAAAAUCAAGAUAAUCUCAAUAAGUUAUUCAUAAGACAAAGUAGUAAUAAAGAUCUGACUCUCCUUUAAUUCCUAUUGAUAGUUUACCUUAAAUUUAACCAUCAAAAAUUUCAACCAAAAAUGUUGGUAUAGUUUCUGCCUAUGCUGCAAAUACACAUUAAGGAUUAGUAAGAACUUACAAUGAAGAUAGAGUAUCAAUAAUACUUAACUUAAUGAAACCUGCUUCAAAUACAUUUGCUGGAUAAUGGCCUUAAAGUUCAUUUUUUGCAAUUUAUGAUGGUCAUGGUGGUGCUGCAUGUGCUGACUAUAUGAGAGAUAAUUUACAUUAAUAUGUAAUUUCUUUAUUUAAUGUAGAUUAUAAGAGAAGAUUGUUUUCCAUCAAAUCCAAGAUUAGCUAUAUCGAGAGGUAUAGAAAAAGCUGAAAAAAACUAUCUUUAAUUAGCUGAUCAAAAAGUAUUAGAUAAAUCUGGUUCUUGUGCUGUGAUAGCCUUGAUUGUUGAUAAAGCUAUUUAUAUUGCCAAUAUUGGAGACUCUCGUGCAAUAAUCUCUCAUUAAGGCAAAUGUUCAUCUAUUACUGUUGAUCAUAAACCCUCUUAAGAAAAUGAACAAUAAAGAAUUACUAAACUUGGUGGAUAAAUCUAUUAGGCUUAGAUUUAGGUUUCAAAUGGUGAUAUUUAAUUUGGUCCUUAUAGAGUACUACCUGGUAGACUAGCUGUUUCAAGAACAUUAGGAGAUGCAGAAGCCAAAUUACCAAAAUAUGGUGGAAUUCAAGGAGUAAUAUCAGCUCAACCCGAUAUUUUUCAAAUCUCAGUUACUGAUUAAGAUUUUUUGAUUUUGGCUUGUAAUUUUAAUUGUAGAUCAAAGGUGAUGGAAUAUUUGAUAAAAUGUAUAGUGAAGAAGUCAUUUAAAGUGUUUGGACUGUGAUCUCGCAAGAUGUUCAUCAUUUUGCUGGAAAAGCAGUUGAAACAAUUAUGAGACAAUCCAUGUCUAGAAAAACCGUAGAUAAUGUUACUGUUGUAUUCAUAGCCUUUCCAUAAUUAGAAAAAAAGUUUAAAAAACAAUAACAAUAAUGA